AUGGCGGCGAUAGGGAAGACGAGGCUGGACUCGGGUUGGAUCGGGACUAGAGACAGGGAGGUCACGGUUAGUGGCACCCAGCUCACCACCACCCACCCUCCCUCCCCCGCCCUUCCUUGGAUGGAGGCCGUCGUCCCCGGAACUGUUAUGGCAACCUUGGUGAAGGGCAAAGAUGUACCUGAUCCCUUCUAUGAACUGCAAAACGAUUACAUCAUAGAUAUUACUGAAUCCGGGAGGCAGUACUACACAUUCUGGCUCUUCACAACUUUUCAGUGUAAACUGUCCAGCACACAGUUCCUGGAUCUGAAUUUCCGCGCAAUCAAUUAUUACGCAGAGGUAUAUUUAAAUGGGCACAAAAAAGACCUGCCAAGAGGGAUGUUUCGAAGACAUUCUCUUGAUGUCACUGAUAUAGCGCAUCCUGAUGGUCGAAAUUUGCUUGCUGUUCGUGUUUACCCGCCAGAUAAUCCUGGGACCAUUCCUCCUGAGGGUGGGCAAGGUGGCGAUCAUGAGAUCGGGAAAGAUGUAGCUGCACAAUAUGUGGAAGGUUGGGAUUGGAUGUGCCCUAUAAGGGAUAGAAACACUGGCAUAUGGGAUGAGGUGUCAAUUUCUGUAACAGGGCCAGUUAAAAUAAUUGAUCCCCACUUGGUUUCAUCGUUUUUUGACAAUUACAAGAGGGUAUAUCUUCAUGCUACAAUUGAGUUGGAAAAUAGAAGUACCUACGUUGUCGAGUGUUCUUUGAAUAUCCAAGUCACAACAGAACUUGAAGGAAACGUUUGUUUAGUAGAGCAUCUUCAGACUCAACAUCUGUCAAUCCCUGCUGGAUCACGGGUGAAAUAUACAUUUCCUGAGCUCUUCUUCUACAAACCCAAUUUAUGGUGGCCAAAUGGUAUGGGAAAGCAAUCCUUGUACAAUGUUGAUGUUACUGUCGAUGUAAAGGGAUACGGAGAAUCUGAUUUGUGGAGCCAAUUAUUUGGAUUCCGCAAAAUUGAGAGCCACAUUGAUACUACCACCGGUGGGAGGUUGUUCAAGGUCAAUGGUCAGCCUAUUUUUAUUCGUGGUGGUAAUUGGACAGUGUCAGAUGGCCUCCUACGACUUUCAAAAGAGCGUUACAGAACAGACAUCAAGUUUCAUGCAGAUAUGAAUCUUAACAUGCUCCGUUGUUGGGGAGGGGGAGUGGCCGAGAGGCCAGAAUUUUAUCAUUACUGUGAUAUUUAUGGCCUGUUGGUCUGGCAAGAAUUUUGGAUUACUGGAGAUGUCAACGGACGAGGUGUCCCAGUAUCAAAUCCAAAUGGUCCACUGGACCAUGAUCUUUUCUUGCUAUGCGCAAGAGAUACUGUCAAGCUUCUAAGGAACCAUCCAAGUCUUGCCCUUUGGGUGGGUGGAAGUAAACAAAUUCCUCCAGAUGACAUCAACACAGCUUUGAAACAUGACCUCAGGCUCCAUCCAAAUUUUGAAAGCUUAUCAAAUGAGAGUGGCAAGAUUGUUAAAGAUUUUUCUGCAGGGUCGGACGAUCCAAGCCAAUAUCUUGAUGGUACACGCAUUUACAUCCAAGGGUCCUUGUGGGAUGGAUUUGCAAAUGGAAAGGGGGACUUCACUGAUGGCCCUUAUGAAAUUCAAAACCCUGAAGACUUCUUUAAAGAUGACUUUUACAAAUAUGGGUUCAAUCCUGAAGUUGGUUCUGUAGGUAUCCCUGUUUCAGCUACCAUCAGAGCUACAAUGCCUCCAGAAGCACGGCAGAUUCCUUUGUUUAAGAAGGUUUCCAAUGAUUAUGAAGAAGUUCCAAACGGCAUGUGGGUACACUAUAAAUACAUCCCUUAUUCAAAACCAGGCAAGGUUCAUGACCAGAUUUUACUUUAUGGGUCGCCAAAGGAUCUUGAUGAUUUUUGCUUGAAGGCUCAACUAGCUAACUACAUUCAGUAUAAAGCUCUAUUAGAGGGUUGGACUUCCCGCAUGUGGAGUAAAUACACUGGUGUUUUGAUUUGGAAAACACAGAAUCCUUGGCCAGGUCUUAGAGGGCAACUUUACGACCAUUUUCUAGACCAAACGGCAGGUUUCUACGGCUGUCGAAGCGCAGCGGAGCCAAUCCAUGUCCAGCUUAACUUGGCUACAUAUUUCAUAGAGGUUGUCAACACUACAUCAGAGGAACUAUCUGAUGUCGCUAUAGAAGCCUCGGUGUGGGAUCUAGAAGGAACAUGCCCAUACUACAAAGCUCAUGAAAAGGUGUCCAUGCCGCCAAAAAGAACAGUACCAAUUGCUGAGAUGAAAUAUCCAAAAUCUAAAAACCCAAGGCCAGUGUACUUUCUUCUUCUCAAGCUGUAUCACAUGUCAGAUUAUCGCAUUAUAUCCAGGAACUUUUACUGGUUGCAUCUGUCUGGUGGAGAUUACAAGCUGUUAGAACCGUACAGGAAGAAAACAGUUCCAUUAAAAGUUACAUCCCAGGUUUCCAUCAAAGGAACCACCUAUGAAAUGCAUAUGCGCAUCCAGAACAAAUCUAAGAAACCAGUGCCGAAAAGUUUAACCUAUCAAAACAAUUUCACUACUAAAAAAGGUGAUGGUGAUUUUGAUGUAGCAUCAGUGGAAUCUACAAAUGACGGAGCAGACAAAGAGCUUGAAGUUGGUUGGUUUCGGAAAAUAUCCAGACAUUUCACAAAGGAGAAUGGUGGUUUGAGGGUUGCUGAAAUCAAUGGCAACGACACAGGCGUUGCUUUCUUCCUUCAUUUUUCAGUUCAUGGAUUGAAGACAGACCAUAAGGAAGGAGAAGACACAAGAAUUCUUCCUGUUCAUUAUUCAGACAACUAUUUUUCGCUGGUGCCAGGUGAAGCUAUGCCCAUCAAGAUCUCUUUUGAGGUCCCUCCUGGUGUCACCCCCCCGAGUUACUCUUGA